CUCAGCUGUCACACUGAACUGUCAGGACAGCGGCUUUUACCUGCAGCUGGGGAUGACUUCUGAUUCGAGUGCAUUCAGUGAAUAAACAGUGAAUUUCACCACUGUUUUAAACCAUUUUUUAGAGGCGCACAAACACACACAGCUCUAUGGAGAUUGAAAGCAUGGUGGCAAACAGUGCUCUUGUUAGAGCCAGAGAAGAUGGAGGAAGCAAAGGCAGAAGCUACAAAUGGAAGGAACUGCUUCGUUUUCCUCAUAUUAGUCAGUGUGUGGCUCUGGCAAUGAACACUGAACGAGACUACUAUAGUCUGUGUGUCAAGCAACCAAUUGGCAAGAGCCUGUUUCAGCUCUUCUGCCGCAGUCGACCUGAUCUGCAGAACUACAUGUCCCUCCUGGACGCACUGGGCACUUUUGAGACCAAGUCGGACGAGGAAAGAAAAGGUUUUGGUACCAGCAUCAUUCAGAGAUUUUUCAGUAGUCAGUCCAAUCAGUAUGUGUCUCUAGUUCAGAGACAUGAGCAGAGCUGCAUCCAGAGUCUGGAGCACGACCCUUGUGGGGAUGUGUUCAAGGCCUGCAGGGAAGAUCUACAUCAAUACCUCAGCGGGAAGCCCUUCAUCCAGUACCAGGACAGCAUGUUUUUUGACCGCUUUAUACAGUGGAAAAUGGUAGAAAGGCAGCCCAUCACGAAACAGGCCUUCAGACAGUACAGACUCCUGGGGAAAGGAGGCUUUGGAGAGGUGUGGGCUUGUCAGGUGCGAGCUUCAGGGAUGAUGUAUGCCUGCAAAAAGCUGGAGAAGACUCAUGUAAAGAAGAGGAAAGGGGAAGGCUUGGCUCUUAAUGAGAAACAGAUUUUGGAAACACUGGACAGUCGAUUUGUCGUGAAUUUGGCGUAUGCUUACGAGACCAAAAGCGCCCUUUGUAUGGUUUUGACCAUGAUGAGUGGCGGGGACCUGAAGUUUCACAUUUACAACAUCGGACAGCCUGGACUGGAAAAGGACAGAGUGCAGUUCUACUCUGCAGAGGUCUGCUGUGGUUUAAGUCACCUGCACCAGAAGUCCAUAGUAUACAGGGAUCUCAAACCAGAAAACAUUCUCCUGGAUGACAAUGGACACAUCCGUAUCUCUGACCUGGGUCUUGCUGUGAGGCUGUCGGAGGGGCAACCUGUGCGAGGCAGGGUGGGCACAGUCGGAUAUAUGGCUCCUGAGGUGAUCGGACAUGAGUAUUAUGACAUGAGUGCAGACUGGUGGGGCCUUGGAUGUCUGAUAUAUGAAAUGACUGCAGGGCGUCCUCCGUUUCAUGAAUACAGAGAGUGUCCUAAAGCCUCAGAGAUGGAGAGGAGGAUUAGGAACGAAAAGGAGGAAUAUGGAGGAAGGUUUAGCAAGCAUGUGAAAGACCUCUGCUCUCUGCUGCUGAGGAAGGACCCAAAGCAGAGGUUGGGCUGUCAAGGCCCAGGGGCGUGGGAAGUAAAGGCCCACCCUUUCUUCAGAUCCAUUAACUUCAGGAUGAUGGAGGCAGGGCUGGUGGAGCCUCCAUUUAAACCUGAUCCCAGGCUGGUGUACUGCAAUGAUGUGCAGGACAUUGAGGAGUUUACUGCAGUGAGGGGAGUUACUCUGGACAGAACAGACAGUGACUUUUACGCCAUGUUCAACACAGGCAGUGUUCCCAUAACGUGGCAAAAUGAGAUGAUAGAGACGGGGUGUUUCAGGGAGCUAAAUAUCUUUGGUCCAGCAGGAUCUCGUUCUCCAGACCUGGACUGGACCAAGGCUCCUGCUGAGAACCCCAAACGCAGCCUGUUGGACCGACUCUUCCGCAGAAAUCAGCCUUCAGAGACGGCAGAUGAAAAGACAGAAAUGAUCUCACUCCUCUGAGGCAGGACACGCCAUUGUCCAUUUCAUACAAUUAACGCAUAAUAGACGCAGUUCUGCUCUAUUAAACAGCUUAACAUAACUCUAAACUACUGUAUAUAGCACUAUUUCCGUUAGGAAAUGAAACUGAUAUAUAAUGAGAUCAUUGUCAGUAAUAUAUUUGCAGUAAUGUCCAGUUUUUGUUGAUGCUGAGUACUUGAAUUUUGAUACAAUUAGUACAUCACCUACUGCUUCACUGUACAGAUAAGAUUUUGGGUUUUUUUUUUUUGUUUUUUUACCACUGUAACAUUUUUUGCUACUUAGUUGUGCCCAAAAAUGGAUUGUAUAUGUUAAAAGCAGUGAUUGCCAACCUCAGGAUUAGGAGUUUAACAUAAAUUGUAAUCCACAGUUUUGAAAAUGCAUUUGUAUUACACAUAGUAAUUAUUUUUAAUGUUCAUUUAUAAUGAAGGCAGCCUUGCAUUUAAAAAGGUCUGGAGCUAAGAGGCUGAGAAUCACUACUUUUCAUGUAAAAAAAAAAAAAAAAAAAAAAAAAAAAAAAAA